AUGUCAGCCGAAGGUUGCACGAGGGCUGGGAUACUGCUAGGUUGCUCAAGCCUAGGCAGGGGAAGUCGAGAGGCAGAGGUUGGGUUCGAACCACAAACCUUCCGGUCAGUAAAUUCGCGCCCUAACCACUUGGGUCAUCUCGUCCCCCAGCUAGGAGUCAUUCAAUUCAAUUCAAUUCAAUUCAUCAGCUAUAAACCGUGUGUCAUAAGCACAUUGGUUCCAGCUGCUACAGUUUCCAUCACCGGAAAACCGGAAAGUGGAACAUACAACCAAGCGAAGGCGUGUUCAGUUUGUUCGGAAAUCGGGUCCACCCUAGUUGAAGGCGAUAGCUUCGAUGCAUGA